UGCGUUGUCGUUCACUGUAGAGCAAUUCAACACACCAAAUCUGCUAUUCCCUACCUCCCUUGAUUGUUAUUCCCCUCUGUCACAGGAGCCACGCUACAACCCAGAAUUCAAUUCAAGUAAACCAACACAAAGCAAAGAACAAGUGCACAACACAAGAUGACACUGCUGAGUUCCUCGUGGACUCUCCACGUCCUGCCUCUCUUCCUACUCCUAUCCGUUGCCACCAUCGGCGCCACCACAUUAAGCAUCACCAACCGAUGCUCCUACACCGUGUGGCCGGCAGCUGUGCCGGUGGGUGGCGGCGUGCAGCUCGACCCGGGGGAGUCAUGGACCGUCAACAUGCCGGCUGGCAAUGCCGGGCGUGUGUGGCCACGCACCGGCUGUUCAUUCAAUAGCGCCGGUAACGGUUCGUGUCAGACAGGAGAUUGCGGAGGCGUGCUCGCCUGCACAGGCAACGGUCAGCCACCCCUCACACUUGCCGAGUUCAACUUCGACUUCGAAGAAGGAACGGAUUUGUUCGACAUCUCCCUCGUUGACGGCUUUAACGUGCCCAUGGACGUCCUGCCGGUGCCGGCCUAUGGACCGGGAGACAAAGGGUGCAGCACGGGACCUCGCUGCGCAGCCAACAUCACGUCGCAGUGCCCUAGCGAUCUGAAGGCGCCCGGGGGCUGCAACAGCGCGUGCACGGUGUUCAAGCAGGACAAGUCCUGCUGCACCGGGAAUGGCAGUUGCGGACCCACCAACUACACGGAGUUUUUCAAGCGGAUGUGCCCAGACGCGUACAGCUACCCCUUGGAUACUUUGAACACUACGUGGACUUGCCCAUCGGGGACCAACUAUCAGGAGAUGGAUGUAGGGGAUGAAGAGUUCGGGGAGCUACUAGGAAUGCCAACCAGGUUCACAUUUCAGCAGCUACAAGAGGCAACCAGUCAAUUCAGAGCAAAGCUCGGGGAAGGAGGAUUUGGGUCUGUUUUUGAGGGACAAUACGGGGAGGAAAGAAUUGCAGUAAAACGUUUGGAUCGAGCUGGUCAGGGAAAGAGGGAAUUUUUGGCUGAGGUUCAGACAAUCGGCAACAUUCAUCAUAUCAAUCUGGUGAGGCUGAUUGGUUUUUGUGCAGAAAAAUCACAUAGGCUACUGGUCUAUGAGUAUAUGCCCAAUGGUUCCUUAGACAGGUGGAUCUAUUGCCGACAUGAUAGUAACAAUCCUCCUCUGGAUUGGCAAACACGACACAAGAUUAUUACUCACAUAGCUAAGGGUCUCUCUUAUCUUCAUGAGGAGUGCAUGAAGAGGAUUGCUCAUUUGGAUGUCAAACCACAAAAUAUCCUCUUAGAUGAAAACUUCAAUGCCAAACUUUCCGAUUUUGGACUAUGCAAGCUUAUUGAUAGGGAUAAGAGCCAAGUGAUUACUAGGAUGAGAGGCACACCUGGAUAUUUAGCUCCUGAGUGGUUGACAUCACAAAUCACGGAAAAGGUCGAUGUCUAUAGCUUUGGCGUGGUGGUCAUGGAAAUCAUCAGCGGUAGGAGGAACCUUGACACUUCACGGUCUGAAGAGAGCAUCCAUCUUAUUACCUUAUUGGAAGAAAAGGUGAAGAGUGAUGAGUUAGCAUAUUUGAUCGACAAGCACAGUAGUGACAUGCAAGUACACAAGCAAGAAGUAAUUCAGAUGAUGAAGCUCGCGAUGUGGUGUCUGCAGGUUGAUUGCAAAAGAAGGCCUCAAAUGUCUGAGGUGGUCAGAGUCUUGGAAGGUAACAUGGAUGCAGAAAGCAAUAUUGAUCAUAACUUUGUCGCAAACAGUCCAGCAAUGCUUUGGGUUGCUGAAAACAUAGGUCUGUCAGAUCCACCUGUAGCCACGGAUUUAUCAGGCCCCAGGUGAAACAAGGUAAUUCCGAGAAGUUAGUAGCCUAGAUUAUGUGCAGGAGAUAAGUGUCUCCAGAAAAAGCAAUGGUCUGUUGUUUUUUUCCUCCCUUCAAACUACUACAAUCUGAAGGAGGACCUAUAAGUUGCGUUAAUUUUUGUUAAAGAAUAUCACAAUAUUGUAAAGCUACUUUGGUCUAGAUCAGAUGAAUAAUCCAACUUUACACUUCUGUUCGGUUUCCCAUUGUAACACAAAUCUGCUUCAAGUUCUUACACAUGAAAUCAGUAGCAUGUUUUGAAAUGCUCAUAUGCUACUAUAAAGCAGAAAAGUGCAAGGGUGAAAGCAAAAUGGGAG